UAUGGUUUCAACAUUUAAUGGACUGGCUUAAGAAAAAUGGAACAAUGAAGUUUGGAUUUCCACAUUUGACGACUUCUUUACAGUAAUCCUGUAAGAAAGACUUCUGUACAGAUUCCUCUGUGUUCUGGGAGAAACCUGUGUAAAUGUCGGGCUGAUACUACUAUCCAUACAAACUGGCAAGGUAUGUCAAUAUUGUUCUGUUGUCACAAUCAACAAUUGCUGUGAAUGGAUACUAUUUCUCCAAAAGCACAUCUUGAUUUGUUAGUUUUGUCCUGUUUUCACAAGCCUGAGCUGACCCUAAUCGGAGUUUACCUUGCUUAUCAGGCUGGCCAGUCUGCAUGCCACAGUGGUGGUACGUGCAUGGUCGGUGGUGUAUAUAGUGUAUUCCGUCUGUCAGUUCAUUUGUGGAUGUCUAUACCUGACAGAAUACAUGGGGAAAACAUGUUUUAAUUAGCGGUGUACAAAUGGAAUAAAUUCUUGAUCAAGACUGAGCCUGUAACAAGCGUGCCAUGUUAAACAUGAAGGAGAUGGAAGGAUGGGUUUGACAACGUUUAAAGCUUUGAAAUCUUUUCUGUGUCUUGUCUGCUGUUUCACUUGUCCAGCUUGGGCUUUUGUCUUUGAAGAAAAUGGAACGGUGCGACCGAAUAACCCCGUGGUAUUUAUUGGACAUAACCUGACCCUCUACUGCAACCUGACAGCCGUGCACAUUCACACCAACUCGUCUUCCAUGUACUUUGUGAAGAGGUUCAGAAACACCACCAGAUCCAUACCUCGCAAGUACACCAAAAUUGUCAACUCGCGGACCAUCCGGUUGGAUUAUCCAGUGACGUCGUCCGCCAAUCAAGGGACGUACUACUGUAGGAUCAACAGAACUCUGGACAGGAAGCCACUGACCCUGGGACGGCAGUAUGUCAUGGUUGAAUAUGAGUUGAAGCCUGUGGAGUCAAUCGACUGCCGCGUGUUUAACUGGGAGACGAUGCGAUGCACGUGGGAUCUGGGUGUCAACUACAUCAACAUGGAUAACAUCCUCGUCACGCUGGUGUGGGCUCGACAAUCUCAGGAGGACUGUCCCCACCCUACGAAGACGUCGUGUACAUGGGAAGGGGUGGACGGUGACGACGAUGUGGGGAAAUCGUUCAUACCUGACCUCCCGUACUACAUGAUGAUCAACACAACCCUCAUGAACCAGAACGGAAAACUGCACACGGAGGUCAAGUCAAAGACAUUUCAUGUCGACUCCAGACUCAUAGUUAAACCAGCCCAUGUUGAAAACUUAAUGGUGACAUCACAGAACAGUACAUGUGCCACACUGCAUUGGAAACACAACAAGGUGGCCUAUGAGAAGGUGUAUAGACUACGUUAUCGGCCUCAGUGGGACAAGGAUGCUGACUGGAUGGAAAUGAGCCAGAUCAAAGAUGAGCAUGUGACAGUGUGUGGUCUUAAUCCCUUCACCAUCUACAAGUUCUGGGUGGCCUGUUUACCCAUUCCAUCCGGAGACGACAUGCCAGACGGGUUCUGGAGUGGGUGGAAGAAAAUAGAGAGCCAGACAGCCGAAAACAAGCCUGGAAAAGCUCCCCAGAUCAGCCCUGGUGGUUUUACUGAGGAAACCUGCGAUGAUUUUGAGGGAUGUCGGAAGGUGACCCUGUUUUGGCAGCCUGUGGAUGAACGUCACCGAAAUGGUCACAUCCUGGGAUAUAAAGUGGAACUGCUUCCAACUGACAAAGAAGACAAGAAAACUUUCUUCAUCAACUCAGAGUUCAAGACGUCUGCUACGCUCCAGCUGUUGUCAGGAGCAGACUAUCAAGUUUGGCUGUAUGCCAGAAACAGCAUGGGCUACUCACCCACCAACUCCAGUUUGUCCAUUCCAAGGAGUGAAAGAAAGCCUCGAGGACCUGGUUAUUUGCUUGUGGAGUCUUCCAGCCACUCUAAGAAUCCACGAUUCACUCUGAACUGGUUGCCACCACAUUCUGAAGAGAUGAACUACGACUUCAAUCUUCAGUCACUGGGCUACACACUGUACUGGUGUCAGAGAUCACAUCUGCCUCUAGUCUGUGAGGAUCAAAUUGACUGGAUCUCACUGCCAGUAAGCCAGACAUCAUAUGAGUAUGUAUCGUCAGAUGAAGUUAGUGGAAAUGGCCAUCUGUUUGGCAUUUCAAGGGAGGUAAUCUCUGAGACUGGCAGGACAGUUAGCAGUGGAAUAACAUGGAGUCCGUGCACAUAUAUUAAAGGAGCAAAACCAGAGAAACCGCCAAAGAACUUCCAUAUCUCUGGAAUAAAGGAUGAUAGAGCUUUGAAAAUUGAGUGGCAGCCGUUUGAUUGUUUUGAGUCACUUGGUUAUGUGACGCAUUAUGUUAUUCACUACUGUAAGGCCGAUGUCACUGGAGAGUGUAAUGAUCCAGUUCAGAAUGUGAGUGUCGAGAACACAGAGACAAGCUACAUUCUUCGAGAUCUCGAACCAGACGUGUUCUACAGGAUCACGGCAGAGGCAGUCGCCAGGGCUGGACCUGGACCCGAGAGUCAGCCACUCAAGGGCAAGGUCACUGACAAUGAUUUAGGUCGCAACACUGGAGCUAUAAUGGGGAUCGUUGUCGGCAUUGUUUUUUUUGUCAUACUGUUGGCAUUUUCAGGCAUCGUUAUUUUCAAGAAAUGUGUACGAGUCAAGAAGAAUUUCUACUACCAUGUGUCAUACCCACACAGCAUCAAGAGUCUUCCACUGUUACCACAGGGUUACCCUCUGAACAACCCCAAGUAUCACUUCCACGAUCGCCCACUUCCUCUGCGACCAGACGCAGCACCAUUUGGCCUGGGUAUGCUGGAUGAUGGAUAUUCCAGUGCUGGGUCUAACCCAUCAGACGAUGUCAAAUAUGAGCCAAUUGGAACCAAGGCAAACAACAACAGCAGCAACAACAACAACAACAACAACAACAGAGAGUAGAAAUAUUAGUGUUACCUCAGAAACCUGUCUCCUUGGU